AUGAGGAGGUUCGGACAGAGGGUCAAGGAGGGAGUCGUCGGGCCGGCGGUGGCGGCGCCGGCGUCGGCGGCGGCCGGAGCGGAAGUCUCGGACGGCAACGGUAGGAACGGCAGUAGCGGCAGCGAUGGUGGGUCGUCUUCGGUGUCUCCCAGCCACGGGGGGGGCGGCAGCCUCAAGGACAAAGCGAGAGCGAAGCUUGCCGGCGUGGUGAAGUGGGCGCAGAGCCCGCGCAAGGCGCUCAGCCCGCGAGGUCGUGCUGGUGUUCGGGCGUUCGCCGGCUAGAUCAAGGGGGCAGGGACACGAAACAGGGGGGAACGGGAGAUGGGCUAGCCGGCUGUGUGUGCAAAGGUUGGCCUGUCGCUCACGUGGAUCGUGUCGUGGUACGGCAGUAAGUAGUACCGCCAUUUGUCGGUCUGGGUGUACACGGAGGAGAGUUGGUGUUUUUUCUGCUUGGUUUUGUUUGCCUCUGCUGUUUAGUUGUUUGGAACCUUCAGGCGCGCAUGUGUUGGUUUGUGGGGGGUAAAACCGGGUUUUGUUUGUUGAUGGUGUAUCUCUUUCUUCGUUGUUGGCUUGAAAUGACUGGACAAGGUAAGACGUAAGUAUAAGAUAUGACAGCCUUCGGUGACUGUAGAACCGAAUCGAUCGUGCUGUGGGUUUAUCCCGGUGCAGCAGUGCACGCUGAAUAAGAGAAUUCCGCGGUGCACGCAAGUGGGUGAGUUGCCUAUUGUGCUGUCUUUGCGUUUGGCCCAAGCGCCACCGCAAGUGGGGGGGUGCAAACAGCGCCAGAAGUUGCCCCAGUGUACUGCGUGUUUGGCCCAAAUGCCACCGCCUG